AUGGAAGUAACAGUGGCUGGUUGGGUAGCAGUGAUUAUUGUUUCUAUAAGCAUAGUAGUAAGGUCCGCAUGGAGCGUGCUAGAUUGGUUGUGGCUUAAGCCGAAGAGGCUAGAAAGAUGUUUGAGGGAGCAAGGUCUUCAAGGCAAUUCAUACAGACUCUUGUGUGGAGACACUAAGGAGGACUCUAUCAUGCGCACAAAAGCAAGAUCCAAAACCAUGAAUCUCUCCGACUCCCAUGAUAUAGGACCUCAAGUCGACUCAUUUGUCGAUAAAACAGUGAAAACCUAUGGAAAGAACUCUUUUGUUUGGAUUGGCCCUGUACCAAGGGUGAACAUAAUGAGUCCCAAAGAUCUGAGAGAAGUCUUUACAAGACACGAUGAAUUUUGUAGGCCGGUAACCAACCCACUUGCUUUGUUGCUCACAUCAGGGCUAUUUUUCUGGGAAGGUGAAAAAUGGAAAAAACACAGAAGAAUUAUCAACCCAACAUUCCAUUCCGAGAAGCUAAAGCUCAUGGUACCAGCAUUUCACCAGUGUUUCGAUGAGAUGAUGAAGGAGUGGGAAAGCUUAGUGUCCAAAGAGGGUUCAUCUACCGCGUUGGAUGUAUGGCCUUCUCUUCAGAAUAUGACAGCGAAUGCGAUUUCUAGAACAGCAUUUGGAACCAGCUACCAAGAAGGAAUGAAAAUGUUUGAACUCUUAAAGGAACAAGCAAUACAUGUAUCAAAAGCCUUGCAUGGUAUUUACAUUCCAGGAUGGAGGUUUCUGCCAACUAAGACGAACAUGAAGAUCAACGAGAUUAACAGAGAAAUAUACGGUAUUCUCAGGAGUAUUAUCGAGAAAAGAGAGCAGAUCAUGAAGGCAGGUGAAGCUACUCAAGAUGACUUGUUAGGUGCACUUUUAGAGUCAAACCAGAACCACAUUCAGGAAUAUGGGAAGAACAACAAGAAUGUUGGGAUGAGUAUUAAAGAUGUAAUUGAGGAGUGUAAGUUGUUUUACUUUGCUGGGCAAGAGACCACUUCAGUGUUGUUGGUUUGGACAAUGGUUUUGCUUAGUCAAAAUCUGAAUUGGCAGGAUCGAGCAAGAGAAGAAGUUUUGCAAGUCUUUGGGAGCAACAAGCCAGACUUUAACGGCUUAACUCAUUUAAAAGUGGUAACUAUGAUCUUAUUUGAAGUUCUUCGAUUAUACCCACCAAUUGUUGAACAUAACCGAACCAUUCCGAAGAAAACUCAACUAGGAAAGUACUCACUACCGGCAGGAGUCGAAGUCCGAUUACCGUCACUGCUCAUUCACCAUGAUAAUGAAUUGUGGGGUGAUGACGCAAAUGAGUUCAAGCCCGAUAGAUUUGCGGAAGGAGUUUCCGAGGCAACAAAGAACCAACUCUCAUUCUUCCCGUUCGGUGCCGGUCCUCGGAUUUGCAUUGGACAAAAUUUUGCCAUGGUAGAAGCCAAAUUGGCCUUAGCAUUUAUUCUGCAACAAUUUACAUUUGAGCUUUCUCCAUCUUAUGCUCACGCUCCUCUAUAUCUUAUAACCCUUCAACCACAAUAUGGAGCUCCUAUCAUUUUACAUCGACGUUAACU